UACUCUCUGAUUUUUAUUAUUAACGUCACUUUAACCAACACACCCCCGUUUUCUAAAGUAUGUCCCACAUUUUUAUCCUCUUAUUACUAACUAUAAAAGGUAAUCUUUUUAUUUCUUGGUGAGAUAGUUUCCAAAAUCAUAAGUUUAUCAUCUUUGUUUUAUCUUAAUCACUAAGCUAACUAGCGGGUCAUGUUAAAAAUAGUCCAAUGUUUUUACAAAAUCAAUGUCGUAAUUAUCAAGCCUUCCGAUAAACCUUUACCAACUACCUAUGCUAAUCAAUUAAUAAAUACCACCACAAUAUAUUACCUAUAGCAUUCAUAUUUUACCCACCAUCAAAUCACCAUGAAACUGAGUUGCAAUGGUUGUCGUACUCUUCACAAAGGUUGUAGUGACGACUGCAUCAUCAAGCCUUGCCUUGAGUGGAUAAAUUCCCCUGAAUCUCAAUGCAAUGCCACCCUCUUCCUUGCCAAAUUCUUUGGCCGAACUGGCUUGCUCAACCUCCUCGCCAAUGCUUCCAAACAAAAUGCCCCAGCUGUUUUUAGAUCAUUAUUGUACGAGGCUUCAGGUAGAUUGAUAAAUCCAACAUAUGGAGCACUUGGUUUAUUUUGGGCAGGAGAAUGGAGCCGAUGUGAAGCUGCAGUUCAAGCUGUGCUGACUGGAUCAGACAUUAAUGAAGUUGUAGUUGUUGAUGGAAAGAUAUCAUCAACUACACUCAUGGCUGAAAAUUACGCCAUUCAAGUUCCAACAACCUAUGAUAUACGCCACGUGGCAAAAGGCACCAACAUGGGCAUCAAAAAUAAAACUCAAUUCAAGAGAAUCACACAAGUUUUCAAAUCUAAGCCACCAGUUGGUUCUGUCGACUCAAAAACACUUUUGAAAUCACUUUUUGAAAAUACCAAUGUGGAAACUAUUGAGGCUUCAUCGGUGAAUCAGAUUGAGCCGAAUGAAGUCAUUGAGACUCAGGUGAACUUAGAGCUCAGUCUCAACUUCGAUAGCAAAUCAAAUCAAAGAAAAGAAAUAGAUUAUUAAUAUUCUUUGUAAUUCAUUUUUUUUUCUCUUUUCUAUGCAAUGUAAUUUGGGUUUUAUUUGGGAGGAACUUUUUAAUUAGAGAGUAGAACAAAUGCCUGUAGUAGUAGGUUAUUUGUCUGUAUUCCUUUUUUUUUUUGUCAUA